AUGACAAGUGUACGAGUGCGUAAAAACCUUAACCAUGGAGCGGCUCAGUUCACGCUUGAUAGCUCCGACUUGGCUAUGGCAACAAACCUAGGAUUGUUAAAGACGGACGUUCAGGUCCAAGACACGGACCCAUCAAAAUCAGACUUUGGUGUUGCCUAUUGCCAACGUGCAAACGUAGCCUCAGAGACCCACGGAACCCAGAAGGCCAUUCAAGCACGCUGUAAGGAAUUUGCUCAAUCCUGCGGGUUCCAACUUGCUGUUUCAAGCUACAGCAGCAAGCCGAACCAGGGUGGCAAUGCAAAAUACGUCUGUAAAAUACUGAAGGGCAUGCACUUUUACGACCACUCUAUUGACCCCAACGACAUAACCUGUCCGUUCUCGAUCAACGUCAGUGGGAUAAAUGGAAACUGGAAAGUGACUAGAGUGAACUUUACUCACAACCAUGUCAAGCACGUGGGAUUUUCCGGGCGUCCAUUUGCCGAGCGAUCUGUCGCGCGUCCUGCCUCUGACAUGAGAAACAGAGCACAAGAUGUGGCAGCUUUGACCCAGCUUGUCGAGGAUGAGAUGCUACCUCGCUACGAGAAUAAAACUGAAAGGAUGACUGGGGCAGCUAUCGCUUCGUUUCUGUUGGAAAAUGCCAUAAAAUUGCUCUAA